AUGGCGUCCCCUGCCCCUCCUUCUACCCCGAAAGCUGCAUCUGCACCUGCAGCGACGCCUGAUGGCUCUCAGACGCCUGGGAAGUGGCGUCAUCCUCAUCUGAACGAGGUCGUCCGUCGACAGAAUGCUGGUACAUUCGGAGAUCGCAAUAUAAAUAGGCUUGUGUGGAACACAGCCGCUUUGUUUGCGACAUGGGUGUUUGGAGACACCAUCAAGUCAUAUUUGCUUUGGCUUCAGAAAAUUGGCUCGGUCUCUACAUACCCCGAUCUUUCAUUGCUAGUCCUACGAGUCAUCUUUGCUCUGAACAUCCUGGUUGCAUUGUACCCGCUUUUCCGCCCGAAGGACAACUUCUCCGAUAUUCCAUUGACCCCUACACAACGCUCGCUUUUGGGACUGGAUCCCUCUGCCACACAGUCGUUUACUCCGGGCACGACGUACGUUACUCCGCCUAGGUACCGACUUUCUGCGUCUCGGAACGCCAGUCCAGCUAGCAGAUCCGGUUCCCCCUUGUCAGCAAGCGCUGGCGCUUCCGGGCACAGGCUAUCGUCAGGACCUUCUUUCUCGCCCUCUCCGAGCCCGUUAUUGCACAAAGUGGUCACAAAUGGUAGCAAGGAAAGCGGGCGGAGGCCGAGCUUUGGAUCUUCGUCUCCGCUCGGGCGCAGCUCAUCCUUUUCGCCUUUCAAAGAAUCUUCUUUUAAGGAGUCUACGUUCAAAGACUCUACAUCCACAUUCAGAGAAUCGACCAUGUCGACAUUUUCCGGUAUGUCCAGCAUUGCGCCCGCGACUCCUUCACCGGUGGGUGGCAAGCGUGUGAGCCUGGGUUUGAGCAACAAGUGGCUGUAUGAGCGGAGCCGGCGCCUGUCAGCAAGCAAUGGUAGCCUUUGA